AUGGGGAUGAUCCUGAAUGGCGACGAUGGAAGCACAGAUCCAGAUGUGGAGACCCCAAGUCCGGAUACGAGAUCCCCAAGUCCAGAUGUGGUGGCCCCAUAUCCAGAUGUGGUGGCCCCAAGUCCAGAUGUGGUGACCCCAAAUCCAGAUGCGGUGACCCCAAAUCCAGAUGUGGUGACCCCAGAUCCAGAUGCGGUGACCUCAAAUCCAGAUGUGGUGGCCCCAAGUCCAGAUGUAAGGGCCUCAGAUCCGGAUGUGCCUGCCCCAAAUCCAGAUGUUGGGGCCCCAAAUCCAGAUGUUGUGGCCCCAAAUCCAGAUGUGAAGGCCCCAAAUCCAGAUGUGGAAGCCCCAAAUCCAGAUGUGGAGACCCCAAAUCCAGAUGUUGGGGCCCCAGAUCCAGAUGUUGGGGCCCCAGAUCCAGAUGUUAAAGCCCCAAAUCCAGAUGUUGGGACCCCAAAUCCAGAUGUUGGGACCCCAAAUCCAGAUGUUAAAGCCCCAAAUCCAGAUGUUAAAGCCCCAAAUCCAGAUGAUAAAGCCCCAAAUGCAGAUGUUGGAGCCCCAAAUCCAGAUGUUGGGCCCCAAGAACACAAUGGAGAGACCCUGGCCCCAAUUCCAGCUGUGCCCAUGGACUCUUCCACCCCCAAAUCCCAACAUCUGGAUCCAUGUUCGGCUGUUACCAGUGAUGCCAAUGGGAUAGAGAGCGACAGUGAUGAUGUUGACCUCUUCCUGGAGCCCACCCAGAGCUUCCUGCCUGCAGCAGACAAGGGUUCACCCCAAGUUUGGGACCCCGAGGAGCCCACUCAGCUCUUCUGCCCCCCCCAAGAGGAGGACAAAGACCCCCCCCAACCCCCUCCCCCCCCAAAGGAAGGGACCAAGGAGGAGGGCCGCAGCCAGCGCCGGGCCAAGAGCCGAGGGGGCGGGGCUAAAGGGGGCGUGGCCUCCGAGGAGGUGGCGGUGGGCGUGGCUUCCGUUGGCCCCGCCCCCUUGCGGCGCAGUCCCCGCCUCCUGGCGCGCCCCGUCGCGGAGCCAACCCCCCCCCCGCCGCCGGCCAAGCCACGCCCCCGGCGGGCAGGGACGGGCCAAUCACGGAAGAGAGCGCAGGAUAAGGAGGAGGAGCCCAUAGAGGUGGAGGCACCGAAGCUCCGCCCCCGGCGCAGCGUUGGCUCCUCCCCCCCGAAGGUUCUGUUCACAGGCCUGGUUGCCUCCGAGGCCAUGGAACUUGCCCUGCUGUCACUGGGGGGGUCAGUGGCCAGCUCAGUGCUGGACUGUACCCACCUGGUCACGGACCGCGUGCGCCGAACCAUCAAGUUCCUGUGUGCCCUGGGCCGGGGGGUCCCCAUCGUCACCCCACUGUGGAUACAGAAGAGUGCCAGCACUGGCCGCAUCCUGCCCCCCGGCCCCUUCCUGGUGCAGGACCCACAGCAGGAGCAGCACUUUGGCUUCAGCCUGGCCCAGGCCCUGCAGCGAGCGCGGCGCCAGCCCCUGCUCCGGGGCUAUGAGAUCCACGUCACCCCCAGUGUCCGCCCCGAGCCCGAGCACAUGAAGGACAUCAUCACCUGCAGUGGGGGCACCUUCCUGCCCACCAUGCCCAGCACCUAUAGGCCCCGACGUGUGGUCGUGUCCUGCCCUGCAGACUCCUGGUGCUGGACUCCAGCUCUGAGCUCCCACCUGCCCCUGGCCUCAGUGGAGCUGGUGCUGACGGGGCUGCUGCGGCAGCGCCUGCAGCUCCAGCCCUACCUGCUGCCCCCCCCCCCCCAGGACCCCCCCCAGGAC